CUUGGAUGUGGUUGGGAGCUUACGAUUGCUAGCGCGAUCUGCUGUGGUUCGUUGCAGAUGUAUUUGCUCUCUGCUUUUUUUCUUGUGUCCUCCGUCCUCCAAGGGUGUUCUAGAUUCCUGCAUCCCUUAUCGUUGCCAAGCAACGAAUGACGCGCGAAUCAAGUAGUGUGGGCAUCGAGAUUUUUUUGGUAAAACGUUGGAAAAUGAAGAUACCUAUCGCGGAGCCAAUAGGUGGCUAUCAAUGUGUUUGGAGCAAUCUAUCCGAAAAUCCAAAAUGCUCACAUGGUCCAACUUUACAAUUUGGAAGAUACAUCGAUGGAGAACAUAUAGAGUUUUAUGCCUGUUCUGCAUGUAGAGACAGGAAACUAUGUGCCUUCUAUUUAGAGAAAAACACAAAACCAUCAAAGCAACAAAAACAAACUUGGGAGCUUGAGGCAAAAAGAGUUUUGCCCCGUUAUGAUCAUCAGAAAAUGUAUAUUCGCUUCAAUGAAAUGUUAGCGGAAAGUCCUUUGAGAAGAAUGUAUUGUCAUGACUGUAGUCGCUUAUCUUUCAUCACAGAAAAACACAAGCACAAAGACCAUGACAUAAAUGAAAAUCUAACAGAUUACCAAAUGUCUCAUCCUACAGAAAUCCUCAAACCUUUAGAAAAUCCAAAAAAAGAAGCUCAAUAUUUAUUUUCGGAAAAGUCCACCAAAGAUAUAAUUGACAUGCUCCUUAUGCUUAAAGCUGAGAGCAUAUUGUGCAUCGGAGCACCUAGAAUACACGAAUACAUAACAAAUAAUUUGCAAGACAAGAUGUCCAGUUUGCUUUUGGAUAUCGAUGGAAGAUUUCAUAAUUUUUUUGGCCCAUUAAGCUUUUGCUGGUACAACUUUUUCAAUCACCACUUCUUCAAUGAUGGAUCGAAAAAUGUUUUCAAAGAUUUUCUGAUGCAGAAUGGUGGUCGAAAUAUUUACGUGGUUUGCGACCCCCCAUUUGGGGGGCGUGUUGAGCCUAUGUCUCAAACUUUAAAGACUAUUACUGACUUGCAUAAAAAGUGGAAUAACGUAACUACGGAAUCUGAAGGACUAAAGAUCAUGUUUAUUUUCCCAUACUUCAUGGAAGCAACUUUGAGGGAAAAAGCAAAUCCGCCUAAUGUUGCCGGUGGUUUGAAAGAGUUGAAAAUGUCUGAUUAUAAAGUAAAUUACGACAAUCACCCGCUAUUUGUGAAAUCAGUUGACAGGAAAGUCGGUUCACAAGUCAGAAUUUUCACAAACGUAGAUUUGAAUUUACUAAAACUUCCGGAAUCGGAAGGUUACAAGUACUGCAAGAGAUGCAAGAAAUGGGUUUCCGAGGAGAAUAAACAUUGUAAAAAAUGCAAGGAAUGCACAUCAAAAGACGGAAGAAGGUACAGGCACUGUAACAUUUGCGCACGUUGCGUUAAACCGACAUGGAAACAUUGUAACAAAUGUGAACGAUGUACUUUGGCUGUUCAUAAAUGCGGUAACGCCCCGAAAAUAACUGGACGAUGCUAUAAAUGCAAUGAAUUUGGUCACAUAGAAAAAGCUUGCCCCAAAGGCUUCGAGAAUAUUACUGAAUCAAAUUUUACAACAAAUGAUAAAUCGACGAAAGGAAAAAAACGUAAAUUAAAUAAGGGUGAUGAAGUUGUUGAAAAGAAAAAAACUAAAAUUGAAAAGCUGAAUGAUAUAGUUACUGAGAAGAAGAAAAAAUCCGUCACAACAGCAGAGAUCAAGCACACAGAUAAAUUGAACGCCGAAAACGAAAAGGUGAAGUCCAAAAAGCUGGGGCAAUCAAGUUUGAACCGGAAAAUUAGGGAGCCGGUUGAAAAAGCUGUGAUUGAGACGUUUAAGAAAAAAAAGCAAAAGAGACUGAACGGAAAAGAUUCCAACCCCACAACCGGUAGAAUCAUAAGAAAAAUCAAGAAAGUUGUCACGUAAUUUUCUGUUAUCGAGCUGCAAUAAAAUAUGAAGAAUGAUUCCAAUGUAAAUUAUGAAAAAAUAAAUAAAUAUGUUGUGCAUUCUUGUAAA